AUUACGUUGGCAUGAACCCCACAAAACCCAAAAACUACUACGGAGUCAUCAUCAUAACGACGUCAGCAACAUUGCUUGCCUUACUGGCAUUACUGGAUAUGCUUGUAAAUCCAGAUGAAAAGGACGCCUUCGUGACUCUAUCAGUGCUUGUUCAAAUAAUUACAAAAAGUAUAGCAAAUUUCCUUUAUUCCAACGAAUUUUAUCAACUGUCCGAAGAUUUGAAGCAGUUCUGGAGUUUCGAAAAUGAAGAACAGUACAAGGAUAAGUUUACUAAGACUCUAAAUGUGAUCCACAAGGGGGCUAAAAUUUGUUUUACAUACACGUAUGUGGCUAUUAUUUUAUUGGUAAACAUAUCACUGUUUACGUCCAGAAGUUUGCCAAUGUAUGUUUACGUACCUAAAAUGUUGGGAAAAAAUUUCAUCUUCAUUUUUGAGUGCGUAACGUUCCCUUUCAUAGCCAUAAACGUUAUCGCCUUCGACUACGUAAUCUUCACUUUUCUACAGCUGACAAUCAUACAGUUUAAACUUCUGAAUUCAGCAAUUAACAAGUUGGAUGUUGGCAAUCUUGAACCACAAUUGAUGUGUAUAAUAAAACAUCACAUUUUUAUGCUGGAGUUCACCGCAAAGUUGAAUGGAAUUAUGUCUAUGCCACUUUUUUUUCAAGUGUUCAAUAGCAUCCCUUCUCUUUGCUUCGAAAUGUACUUACUGAGAACUAAUGUAGACUUCUGCUAUGGAGUACUUGCAGUUCUCCACUCACUACUAGUUUUGAUUCAGCUUGCCGUCUACUGCUUACCGUGUCAAGAAGUGAUCAAUAAGGGGGAGGAAGUCGCCUUCAACAUUUAUUCUAUAAAAUGGUACGAAUUAGAAGACAACUCACAAAAGACGAUACUCCCAAUCAUCAUUAUGAGAAGUCAAGCAACGAUUGAAUUUAGUGCUGCUGGUUUUGUUGCAAUCGACAGACCUGCUUUAGUUAUGGUUUUCCAAACGAGCCUUUCGUUCUAUUCGUUCCUGGUAGCAAUGGACGGCGAAAAUUAUUGAAAUCACUAGUUAAGGUUUACUGAAGCACAACACGGCAUAUUAAAAACACUCUUUAUUGUUUACAAUCUCCUUCUGGCAUGAAGUAUUUGUAGUUCUUUCACUUAAUAUUGGUAUUUAUGUAGUCUGUCAUCUUCUACUGCUUAACAGGGAAUUAGAAGACAGUUCAUUGAAGAUGUUCCUGAAAUACUUCAUUUUGAGAUGAUACUAUGUUAUUUAUCAAUAUAGAAGUAAACUAAGCCACUAUUUAUUUAAAUGUUUACACGUCUUUGAAAAAUAAAUUAUAUUACAACAAAACAUUAUUUUUAUUAAGUUGUUGAAUACAUCCAGAAUAUAAUUACAGUCAUAAAAUCAUAAAACAGUUGAAAUCAUUAUUGUUUGAUGUGCCUGAAUAAUGAACGGAUGGACAUUAUAAAUAAAUGAUGACAAAUGAUUGCUUUGUAAACCGAUUGUUGGAAUAAGUGGAUAUUCAGUUAAGUGUUGUGUAAACUGAAACUUUUGUAUAACAAUUAUUUAUGUUAAUUUUCACCAGGCAAUAGAUUAACAACUGAUCAUUGACACCAUAC